AUGCAGAUGCUUGGUCGCGCUGGUCGUCCACAGUAUGACUCUAAAGGAAAAGGAAUCCUCAUUACGAAUCACUCGGAGCUACAAUUUUACCUUUCCCUUAUGAAUCAACAGCUGCCUGUGGAAAGCCAGAUGAUAGCUCGGCUGCCGGAUAUGCUUAAUGCCGAAGUCGUUCUUGGUACAGUUAGCAGUGUCAGCGACGCCAUGUCGUGGCUAGGCUAUACCUACCUCUAUAUCCGAAUGUUGAAGUCUCCGGUGCUCUACGGCAUACCACUGGAACAAGCGAAAGCUGAUCCCUUGCUUGAACAACGUCGCGCGGAUCUUAUACACACAUCGUGCUUGCAACUUGACAAAGGCAACUUGGUGAAAUAUGACAAAAAGAGCGGGUUGAUCCAGGCAACUGAAUUAGGACGAAUUGCAUCUCAUUACUACUGCACGUAUGAGUCUAUGCAAACAUACAACCAACUUCUGAAACCAACGGCAACGGAGAUCGACUUGUUCCGCAUUUUCUCCUUAUCCAGUGAAUUUAAAAAUAUCAUGGUUCGAGAGGAAGAAAAGCUUGAGUUGCAAAAGCUAGCUGAACAUGUACCCAUACCAAUCAAGGAAAGCCUUGAUGAAAGCAGCGCAAAAACUAAUGUUCUUCUUCAGGCCUACAUUUCACAGUUGAAACUGGAUGGUUUUGCUCUGCAAUCCGACAUGGGUCGCCUGUUUAGAGCUCUGUACGAAAUAGUCCUUUGGCGAGGAUGGGCUGCUUUGGCAUUGAAAGUACUGAGUUUGUGCAAAAUGGUCACAGCUAGACAAUGGCAAUCUCUUAACCCUCUUCACCAGUUCAAGAAAAUUCCAACAGAAAUUGUGCGUAGCAUUGACAAAAGGAAUUAUUCUUUCGAACGCCUUUAUGAUCUCGAUCAGCACCAACUUGGAGAGCUGAUUCGCAUGCCGAAAAUGGGAAAACCUCUGUACAAAUUCAUCAGACAGUUCCCUAAACUGGAAAUGACAACCCUCAUCCAGCCCAUAACGAGAACUACCCUCCAUGUUGAUGGUGAACUUAUCCUCCAUCAUGAAUAUUUCCUCCUCAAGCAGAAGUUCUGCACAGAAGAGCAUGUUGUCAAGAUGUUUGUUCCUGUCUUUGAUCCAUUGCCCCCGCUUUAUUUCGUAAGAAUCGUAUCAGACAGAUGGCUCGGAUCUGAAACUGUGCUACCUAUUUCCUUCCGCCACCUUGUGCUCCCAGAGAAGUAUCCUCCUCCUACGGAACUGCUCGAUCUGCAGCCACUCCCGAUAUCCGCGUUGAACAACAAACAGUUUGAAGCAGUGUUCCAGGCGAAGGAAAUCAAAAUCUUCAAUCCCAUUCAAACACAAGUUUUCCGAACCGUUUACGAAAGCAACGACAAUGUACUGAUAGCUGCUCCAAAUGGCUCAGGUAAAACAGCUUGCGCAGAGCUUGCCAUUCUUCGUCACUUUGAAAAUCAUCCGGACGCCAAGUGUGUAUAUGUCACUCCAAUGGAAGACAUGGCCACUAAGAUUUUCAAUGACUGGCAAGAUCGGAUCGGUUUGGCGCUUGACCGAACGGUGGUUCUACUCACUGGUGAACCAUCAACCGACUUGAAACUACUUCAACGUGGCAAGCUCAUCAUAGCUACUCCUGAAAGAUGGGACAACGUUUCUCGUCGAUGGAAACAACGAAAGAACGUGCAAGCUGUGAAACUGUUCGUCGUAGAUGAUCUACAUAUGAUCGGUGGAACUAUUGGACCGAUUUUGGAAGUAAUUUGCUCUCGUAUGCGGUACAUGUCUGCCCAGCUAGACACGACUGUUCGUAUUGUGGGUUUGUCAUCAUCGUUGACGAAUGCACGCGACGUUGGCGCUUGGCUUGGAUGUUCAGCUGCUGCAACAUUCAAUUUCCUACCUAAUACUCGACCAGUUCCGCUGGAACUCUAUAUCCAGGGAUUCAAUCUGUCUCACACUGCUUCACGUUUGGCUGCUAUGGUCCGCCCUGUUUAUCAGGCAAUCAGUCGUCAUGCAGGAAAACUCAAUCCGAAACCGGCCCUUGUAUUUGUCCCCGGUCGACGACAGUCCCGAUCAACCGCGAUUGAUUUGCUAACAAUGGCUCACGCGGACGGAUCUGCUCAACGAUUUUUACAUAUUAACGAAAAGGAUGAGACUUUCCGCAAGCUCCUUGACUCUCUACAGGAUCAAACUCUUCGGGAGACACUAUUGUGUGGUGUUGGAUUCCUGCAUGAAGGAACACAUGCUAAGGACUUCCAAAUUGUGGAAAAGUUGUUCAGUAGUGGUGCGAUUCAAGUUUGUAUCGUACCUCGUACAAUGUGCUACCAAAUCAGCAUGUUCGCGUAUCUCGUGGUUAUCAUGGACACUCAGUUUUAUAACGGAAAGUACCACGUUUACGAGGAUUAUCCUAUUGGAGAUGUUCUGCAUAUGGUUGGAUUGGCAAACAGACCGGGACGAGAUCCUGAUGGUGAGUCUCUAGGUUUUUAUGAGCACAACACAAAUCUCAAGUGA